CACUGCGAGGUGCCGUACAGCCGGGUUCCACUUCGGGAUGAACCCUACCCCCCCUCAUAAUCCAUUUGACAGUUUGCCGUCCAAUCUUUUCCAGUAACACAAAUUGCCGCAAUGGGCUGAGCUGUUGCUCAGCCUGAAAACCUCGAACGACGUGACUGGCUACCGGUAGUUAAGCCCGGUGCACUACCCACAAUCCCGAUUGGUUCGCUAGUUUGAGCUCAAAGCAAAAAUAGAUGCUUGGAUAACGGGGUCCUUUGAUGAGUAUAUGAAAGAGGCAACCAUCCCAACGUGCGACUGAACUUUUAUCAUGUAGCGCUUCCAACGCCUCUACUGUCACUGUUUUGUUUACCCAUAGUACCCAACUGCCUCAGGAACCCCUCGAGCACCCACUCUCUUUCACUAAUACCCAUCUAGUAAUAAUGCUCCGAACUCUUGGUCUGGCCGCUGUGGCCGCUCUGGCUGUUGAGGCCACCUCGGAAGCCUAUCGCAGUGACGAUGGCCCUGUACCAUGGACGCCUAUUGCCACUAUUCCGAUUCCUUCUGGCUUGCCACACUCAGUACCUGUUCCAGUCUCGGCCCCCCGCUAUGUCAUGUACUUUGACCAGUAUCACACGGCCGGCUUACCCGACAAAUCCAUCACCGACGGUGUCACUCACGUCAUCACGGCCUUUACCAACUCGUCCCUAUUUGCGUCCGAGCCGGCGGGCGAAUAUAAGCCAUUCAAGCCUCUGAAUGAGAUUCGGGCCCUCUUCAACAACGGCACCAAGGUCUGCAUGUCCAUCGGUGGCUGGGGUGAUACGGAUGGCUUCAGCCAUGGUGCCUCGACCAACUCGAGCCGCAGCAAGUUCGCCAGAAAUGUUGCCGAUGCCGCGGUCAACCUUGGAUACGACUGUGUCGACAUUGAUUGGGAGUAUCCUGCCGGCAAUGGAGCCGACUACAGGCAGAUCCCGAACGCCAAUAAAACUCACGAGAUCCACAAAUUCCCUCUACUUCUUUCUGCAAUCAAAACUCAGCUAAAGCACCACAAUAUGGAGCUCUCCGUUACCGCCCCGGGUCUCAAGCGCGACAUGAUUGCAUUCACCAAGAAACAAGUUCCUAAGAUCAACGCGGCCGUUGACCACUUCACUGUCAUGACCUACGAUCUUAUGAACCGCCGCGACAACGUCACUAAGCACCAUACCGACGUAAAGGGUUCCCUCGAGGCCAUCGACACCUACAUUGCGCUUGGCGUUGAGCCUGCCAAGCUCAAUCUCGGCUUCGCCUUGUACGCGAAAUGGUUUACAACUGCCGUCGGCUACGAUUGUACUCAGGGGAUCGGAUGUCCCACCCAACUGCUUGAGGCUGCGGAUGGCUCCGACAAUGGAAAAUCGGGAGCUAUCACUUUCGAGGCUUCCAAUUUCCAGGCCACUCCUACCAACCUGACCACUUCUCCUGAUGACUCCUGUGGCGCCGGAACUUUCUAUAAGUGCCCCACUGGCAAUUGCUGCAGCCAGUACGGCUUCUGUGGUACAACCGAGGCUCAUUGCGGCAACGGUUGUCAAUCCGACUAUGGUGUCUGCAACGGUACCUCUACUCUGGGGUCUUUCAAGGCUGCUCUUGCAAACGGCAAGACCGACGAGGCCAGAGGUGGCCAGUGGUAUUGGGAUCCCGCCGGUCCUUUCUUCUGGACCUGGGAGACCCCGGCUCUUGUUGCCCGCAAGUUCAAUGAAAUCGUCAAGGCCCGUGGCGUUGGUGGCGUUUCGGUUUGGAGUUUGGGUGAAGACUCAUAUGACUUCGCUCUUCUGAAGGCGAUCCAGACUGGUGUCAAGGACAGCCUCAAGAAAUAAGAAGAAAAGAGAAAGAGAUAAUUAAUGGUGCAUAGAAAGAAACCAUAGACUUAAGAUUAAAGCAUCUUCUCUUCAAACAAAAUACACUGAAAGAAUCGUCAUUGACCUGGGGUUUCUUGCCAUCAGUAUACUGCAAAUUGGGGCCAGACCAAUGAGACAUGGUCCACUCUACCCGUAGAUCCUCAAGUUAGUAGAAGAUAGCUCUGCACAUAAAUAAUCAGGGCUUAUGAAAAAAACAACUUCACACCCG